CAGUCGAGGUUUGUCAGUCGACCAAGUAACACGUGUUACGGUGAUCGUCGUCGGUAUAAACGCGCGACGAACAACGUGUACGGUCCAAUAACCGCGAAUCAAAACAUAAAACAAUGAACAUAACCGUGUAACGCUCCGUGAAAAUCAAUACUUUAAUAGUUGGAAAUUUUUAACAUUAAUUUUAGUUCGAAGUUUCUCCGUGAUUUCGUACUCGUGUGUUUUUUCGUAUCGUUUGUAUCGUUUAUAUACAUACAUAUUUCGUGUGAUAUCUCGUUCGAACGAAGACUUUACUUGUCGUGCUUUUUGAACAUAAUUCGCUUCCUUUUUGAUCGAAGAAGGAGGCUUUUCGAUCGGAGAAGAAAAGAGACUCGCUUCUUUGGUCUAGUGGGAAGAAGAAUGGAAGGAAAACAGCGCGUGUGACGCCGAACGUAUCGUAUGUGGUCCACAAUGAACAGUUCCACCGAGUGUCCGUAAACUCUGCUCUGGUUCUUGCACGACAACCGAAUCAAAGAUCCAUCGUGACUCUAUCGACAGAAUCAAAGCGAAGAUUUUGCAUUUCGAAGGAGGUACGAUGACCUUGCAAGAAGCGGAAGGCUCGCGAUCGAUGGUGACCGAGGGAACUCGCGACUCAUCGACUGGUCCGUGUGUCAGCAGCUUGUCGAAAUCUUUGAUAAUUCGAUUGUCUAAUCUCGCAACGACACGUUGACCAUGACGUGGGAAAGGCGUGCGAUCGUCGGCACGUUGGUUGAUCGCUUAACGAGGACGAAGAAAGCUCGUGGAGGGAAAAAAGGGAUUGUCUAGAGAUCCCUGGUAAUUGGAUACCUGCGAUUUACAGGCAACAGAAAUAGAGAGAAAAAGGGAGAGAGAGGGAGAUAAAGUGACAUUUCCAGAGAAUAAUCGCUCGUGUCUCCAUCGAGCGAUUUGGGAAGGUUCGAUUGACGGCUAGUCGGCUGGAACAACGUGGGACCAUCCGGAACAGUGAGCACACUGAGCACCGAAAUGAAGCUCGGGGAUAAUAUAACGAUGGAAGCGUACAAUAUAUGGGGCGACGUUCCUGCGCGAAAAUGUCGACCACCGAAGAUCGGCGACAUCCCAAAGCACAGCGCGAUCGACGAAGAAUCGCCAAGUUCGAUCACCAAGUCGUUGACAGUGGCCACACCGUCUCCAAGGGACGCCUCACUUGACGAUCCUCUGGGUACUUCCACAAACAUCAAACAAAUUUUCCCAUUACACUCCAGCGCUUCGACCGACCAAUAUUCUUCGAUUCGAAGAUUCGAAACAAAAGCCAACGACCCCAUUAGGCUCCAAUACCCACAGAUAAAACGAGACUCUCAAUCUCCAAACAUUGUCAAGAAAUCCUCUUGUUCCCCAAAACAGACCACUCUACCAACCGAUAACUUAGGUCUACUAAAAAAAUCGCCACAUUUAGACAAAUUAAAUGACCUGGACAGACAACUACCAGAAGGAUUCGCAGAUUUGGAAAGCAAAGUGACCAUCAAGUUACCUUCGGAAGAAGCCACAUUGAGGUCUAUAGAUCGCGAAGAUUCCUUCAGAAUUCCAUCAAGCCCCGAAGAUAUUUCUGAUCAAGAAAUCGUUGAGGUUAGAAAGGACAGUGCUCUGUUCCUGGAGGAACCUGAAGGUCUGCCCACUCUUCGAGAGAUACUUAGGUCUAGGAGUCCAAAGAUCGUCAGACCUAGAAGGGAGAGUAGCGGAUACGGAAGUAAUUUGGGAACUUUUGACGAGGAUAGAAGAAACUCGUCGUCCGCGGAUGUUUUGCAAGAUUUGUCGUCGUUUUUAAAAGAGAGACGAAGAUCUUCUACCGGUCCUAAACGGUUGAACUCGAGGGUGAUUUUGGGCAGAGCCGAGGAGAGUUUGGCUAAAGACGGUGAAGUUGGAAGGAUGCCUACGACCGAAGUUCACAGGAAGCUAUCUGGGGCUGGACUCGAGAUGCCAAAUAUUGAGGAGGUUAGGGAAGUUCUUAGGGAUGAGGUCCCUUCCAGACAGGAGAGCUUGGAUAAUCUUUGUAGUCUUGUGAAGAGGGUUAGCUCGGAAGACUUCUCCAUGCGCUGUGGCCUUCUCGGAGAUCCUGCGGAUCAACGUAUCUGCCUAAAAGACACGUCAGGCAUAUCAACCAUCAAACACCAAGACUCGUCAGCCCUCUUCGAUUCUUCUCUCAGCGAUUCGGCCAACCGUCUCUCGAUAUCUCCAACCUCGAAGAGUCCGACUCAACCAGUCGCACGUUCCACAGCGACAACGUUUCUCAGUUCCAGUGUACGAGACAUCAACAGGCUCGUCAAUAAAUUUGACGAGUCUUUUGAUCGAUCAAAAGACACGAACGCUGAAAGACACAAAACUGUCGCGUCUAGAGCCAACGAAGCAUCUCAAAAUAAGUUGGCCGCUCUGCAAACCAGAGAGGAAACGGUACAACAAUCCGUGAAAAACGAUAUUCAAUUCGAUGUUCUUCCACGAUCGAUUAAGAUGUAUCAGUUGUUAUCCACCCAAUCUGAAGAUAGAUCCGAUGGCGAGUUGCAUUUGGACAGAAGGAUAUCGUUUCAAAUUUCAAAGCAGGAAGACGUGGCUGCAACAAUGAUGUCAUCGGCGGUAUCAAUGAACGCGUCUCUGAACAAGUCUUCGAGUGUCUUCACGUUGAAAAGCAGCGUUUCUGGAGAUAAUCAGACAUUGACGUCCGGCGAAGCUGUUGACAGCUGCAACGCGAGGAAGACAGUUUCACCUGGAGAAAUUGGGACGAGUCAAAGGUUCCUUGGGGAUAGUGGAAACGUAUCUGCGAGACCUAUUUAUCCGUACUGUCCUUACUCGCCCUAUGGGAGUCCUCAGGGAAGUCCCAGGAAUAGGAGAAGACCUUUGAGAGAGAGUAGGAGAGUUUCUAUCGAUAACAGACAGGGAGCUCUUCAGCUGAAUCAGUAUAAAUUAUUGGAUAAUAUUGGCCAGGGUUCCUACGGGAUCGUAAAGCUAGUUUACAACGAGGAGGACGAGACUCACUACGCGAUGAAGAUUCUCAGCAAGAAGAAACUGAUGAAGAAGGCGGGAAUCUUCGGUAGAAUGGCUCCGGGAAAGAAGGGUGCGGCUAACCCUUUGGCGAAGGUCUACAGGGAGAUCGCGUUGUUGAAGAAAUUGGAUCACCUAAAUGUCGUGAAACUGGUGGAGGUUCUCGACGAUCCGGACGAGGACAACCUUUACCUUGUUUUCGAAUUGGUCCAGAGGGGCGAGGUACUUCAGGUGCCUACCGAUAAACCACUCGACGAGGAGACUGCCAGGAAGAAUUUUCGUGACGUUGUAAUGGGCGUCGAGUAUCUGCACUACCAGAGGAUAGUCCAUCGUGACAUAAAGCCGAGCAACCUGUUGGUAGAUAGCGACGGUCGCAUCAAGAUCGCGGAUUUAGGUGUCAGCGCGGAACUGAGAGCAUCCGGAGAAUUAUUGUCCGGACCAGCCGGGACUCCAGCGUUCGCGGCACCCGAAACAACCACGCCUGGCGCCCAUUAUUCUGGAACGGCGGCGGAGAAUUAUGACGCCUGCUCUGUCUCUCUCUCUUUCUUUCUCUCUGUUCAGUCGUGUCGGUAUCCUUGGGUGCCACCGUUCCGCUCGAAUUUCGCGAUGCCACAAUUGUGAUCGUAAAUGGAGGACAUCCAUGACUGAUCUUCUUUAGCAAGUGAACAUAGGAAAAAGGAUAUGAUAAGUCACAUUUUCGGUUGUUCGUAGUAGGAUUUAGUGUAAUUUUAUUGGGUCAUUCCCUGGAAGGCUUCUAGGACGAUUUUUAUUAAAAUUGGUUUUGUAGUAAAUUUUAAGAAUUAAGUGCGAAGUAUGUGAUACUCUAUUUGAAACGAGAUAAAUGAGAUUCGAAAUGAAUUUUCCGUGCAAAUCUUAUUUGAAAUAGAGGCUAUUGUUACGUAGAGAAUUAGCUACUUUAAAUAAAAUAACAAAUAAUUUGCAUUUUAAAUGUCGUGUUUCGCACGCAUUUGAAUAACAAACAUUAUUUCGCAAUACGACAACGCUUGCUCUCAAAAUUGUUUUCUUUCCAUUUGCUCAUAGUUGAUAGGAUUUUUUAAGAUAAACAUACAACAAAUUGUGCAGUUAAAAUGAUUCGUUGUUUCAAAUGGUUACUCUCUUUAUCUCUUUCUAAAAUGAAACUUAACGAUCCAUGUCGUUGAGCAUCAAAUUAAUUGAUGAAACGAACAUUUACUUUUGGGGUUAAGCAUUUUUAUCGUCCUGUUGAUUACAUCUCAAAAAUAUGUUUAUAAUGUUUGUGUCUUUUUGUAAAAUUCCAUACAUCUACUGUCUAGUUUUAAAAGAAACUUGUAACUGAUCUAAAAUUAUUCCUUUUCUUAAUUACGUUCCAUUGACAUAAUUAGAUUAUGACGCUAACAGCGAUAUCGUUUAUGCCAAGCAAAAAACCUGUAUGAUCGCGGAAUUAACGGUUAAUCAACUUUAAUUAAGAACGUUUGGCAUAAAUGCACGAGUGUACGUAAACUAACUCUGAAAAGAAGAGACGAAAUUUGUUUUACGGUGCACGUGCUUAUGCAAAUGUGUAAUUU